AAAACUGAUUCGCACACUACCCAGAAUGCACUUCACCGAGACCAUUUUCGGUUGUGUUUGUUAUGAUGCGAGGACAUUUCAGCAUCUAGCUACAAUAACGUUUCGCUCUACACUGUUAUAAAAACAGUGAUUAGUUGUUGUUUAGACAAGUUGUCUGUGACUGUAGCGUUUAGCUACUUUUUUUUCUCCAGAUUAUUAUUGCUGUUUGAUUCUCGGGAAGAUAUAGGCAUGGCGCAGUACAAAGGUGCAGCAAGCGAGGCUGGAAGAGCCAUGCAGUUGAUAAAAAAGCGUGAAAAGGAAAGAGAACAACUUUCACAGCUAAAGGAGAAAAUUGCUCAGGACAACAUGGUCAAGUCCAACAUAGACAAGAAGUUCUCAGCUCAUUAUGAUGCGGUGGAAGCAGAGCUCAAAUCCAGCACUGUUGGUCUGGUGACACUCAAUGAUAUGAAGGCCAGGCAGGAGGCUCUUGUGAAAGAACGAGAAAAGCAACUGGCCAAGAAGGAGCAAUCAAAGGAGUUGAUGCUAAAGCUGGAGAAGCAGAAGGAGAAGAAAAGAAAGGAAGAGCAGAAGAGAAAGAUUGCCAGUUUAUCCUUUAAUCCUGAAGAUGAAGAGGAGGAGAAAGAGGAGACUGAGGAGGAAGAGGAGGAGGAGGAGGAAGAGGACUAUUUCCCCGCUAAGAAGAAGAAGCUAGGGAAGAACCCAGAUGUGGACACCAGUUUCCUGCCAGACCGGGACAGAGAGGAGGAGGAGAAUCGGCUUCGAGAGGAACUGCGCCAGGAGUGGGAGGGAAAGCAGGAAAAGAUCAAGAGUGAAGAAAUUGAGAUCACGUUCUCCUACUGGGAUGGAUCGGGGCAUCGUAAGACUGUCAAGAUGAAGAAGGGCAAUACCAUGCAGCAGUUCCUUCAGAAAGCACUGGAGGUCUUGAGGAAAGAUUUCAGUGAGCUCAGGGCUGCUGGUGUCGAGCAGCUGAUGUACAUCAAAGAGGAUCUGAUCAUCCCACAUCAUCACAGUUUCUAUGACUUCAUUGUGACAAAAGCUCGAGGCAAAUCUGGUCCACUCUUCAGCUUUGAUGUCCACGAUGACAUUCGGCUGGUGAACGACGCCACUGUUGAAAAAGACGAGUCUCACGCAGGUAAAGUGGUGCUGAGGUGCUGGUAUGAGAAGAACAAGCACAUCUUCCCUGCUAGCCGCUGGGAGCCCUACGACCCAGAGAAGAAAUGGGACAAAUACACCAUCCGGUGAAAAUAUUGUCUUCGGGAUCUUUCUGGACACACAUUUUUUCCCCCAUGUUUUACUGUUAAUGUAUUGUCAGAAGCAUUUUACUUUCAGAUUGAUAAACUAUGUUCACUUUAAAUCAUUAAGUUUCUCUUCAUUGUUACUCCUCAACCUUUUUUUUUUUUCAUUUCCCCAAAGUGUUGUUGCCUAACAAACCAUAGUGAUUUCUUUACCAUAACAUAACCAUUCUGUUUAUGAAAUAUUACUGCUUUAAUUUCUAUGAAAAUGUGUGAUCCCAAAUCAUUUAAAAAUAACAAAAAACAAAACAAACCUACACUUGGACGCUGUUCACUGUGUUAAUUAAAUUCGAUCAACUUUACUAAUUUAUAUUAUUAAAAACAACAUUUUUAUUUGGCCUUGUUUAUUGUA